AUGAGGACCUCAUUGGUUCUACUAACAACGCUUUGCGUGACUUGCAAUGCCUUCCAGGCAACCCCAGGAAAGAAAACGUCACUCACCUCACUCCACAGUUCAGUUUCCGAGACAAGCGCAAUGAUGAAAGAGAUGAGAGAAAAGAUGAACGAGAAUGAUGAAGCUAGAAUGGUUAUGGAAGCACUAAGAGGGACGAAUCUCAACGACGAUGAUAAUGCUAUGUUCGGAUUGGAGAUGAAACUCGUUAAUAUUGCCGAUGGUGGCGAUGGUGUUCUUCCAUACGACUACGAUCCCGUCGCCCUAAAGAAGUUUUUCGGAAGUCGCCCUCUCAGUGUCCUAACGAGAGUAUUCCAACUUGUUACUGUCGGUGGUGGAUUUUUCUUCAAGGCCACUUUGGAUCAAUUGCUUGGAAGAGUCAAGAAUAACCCUGAUUUGGAAGUGCAACGCGCUGGCGAGCUGAGAGAUAUCAUCACAAGCCUUGGGCCUUUCUUCAUCAAAAUUGGGCAGGCACUUUCAAUUCGUCCGGAUGUCCUUUCUCCAAGAUCGAUGGUGGAGCUUCAGAAACUGUGCGACAAGGUGCCAUCCUACGAUUCAAAGAUUGCAUUUGCCACAAUCGAAAAGGAACUUGGAAAGCCUGUGAUGGAAUUAUUCAGUGAGAUUACUCCCGAGCCGGUAGCAGCCGCAUCGCUUGGUCAGGUUUACAAGGCUGUCCUUAGGGAAACCGGAGAGACAGUUGCUGUCAAGGUUCAGCGCCCUGCUGUAUUGGAAACCGUAUCCCUCGAUCUCUAUCUUGCCCGCGAGUUUGGGUUAUUUGCACGUAAUAUUCCAGCUCUUGUUGAGCGAUUGGAUGCUGUGGAGUUGUUGGACGAAUUUGCAUUCCGAUUCUACCAAGAGUUGGAUUACAACUUGGAGUGUGAAAACGGUAUUAAAAUCGCCGAAGAUAUGCGUGUCUUGCCAAUGGUUGUCAUUCCCAAAAACUACCCCAAGUACACCUCUCGCCGAGUGCAUGUUGCUGAGUGGAUUGAUGGAGAGAAACUGAGUCAGAGCUCGGCCGAUGAUGUGGGCGCCUUGGUGAACUUGGGCGUGAUUACAUACAUGACCCAAUUGCUGGAUACUGGAACAUUCCAUGCGGAUCCACACCCUGGUAACAUGAUGAGAACCACCGAUGGAAAAUUGGCCAUUUUAGAUUUUGGACUCAUGACUCAGGUUACAGACAAUCAAAAGUAUGGUAUGGUGGAAGCGAUUGCCCACUUGAUCAAUCGUGACUACACUGAGAUUGGACAAGAUUUUAUCAAUUUGGAUUUCAUUCCAGAAGGAACCGACACGCGACCAAUUGUUCCAGCGUUGACCAAGGUCUUUGAUGUCGCACUUGCUGGUGGAGGUGCCAAAUCCAUCAACUUUCAAGAGCUCGCCGCCGAUCUUGCCGAGAUCACGUUUGAAUAUCCUUUCCGUAUCCCACCCUACUUUGCAUUGGUCAUUCGUGCAAUUAGUGUAUUGGAAGGUAUUGCGCUUGUUGGCAACCCAAAUUUCGCAAUCAUUGACGAAGCAUAUCCCUACAUUGCCCGAAGAUUGAUGACUGACGAUUCUCCCAGAUUGCGCGCUGCGUUGAGAUAUAUGGUGUACGGAAAGGAAGGUAAAUUUGAUGCUGAGCGAUUAAUUGAUUUGUUGGAAGCUUUGGAAAAGUUCAAGGCAGUCCGAGAUCAAGGAGAUGGUUCCGCAUUCAAGGUUGAUGGAGUGCGUGGAAGCAAGGAUGUCGGAAGUGCUGGUGACUUUGUCGGUUCUCAGACAGUGGAUACCUCAGAACGGGAUACUGAUAUUGAUGGAGGCCGUUUCCGCGUCAGCACUAGCAAUGGAGCUGGUACAUCAGCAACUGCUGCUUUGCAAGCACAAGAGGACGAAGACACGGCCCGAGAAGCCUUGCGUUUCUUCUUCAGCCCCGAAGGUGAGGUGUUCCGGGACUUCUUGUUGGAUGAGAUUGUUACAGUGGUAGACGCUAGCUCCCGUGAAGCUAUCCAGGAGCUCACUCGACGAUUGGGACUUUCAGCUCUUCCCGUCCCUUCCUUUUUCCGUGCCCUGAACCCAGAAUUAAGCGAGAACGACCGACGAAUGGUUGACCAAAUCGGAACUCUGGUGUCCUUCUUUUCAGGCGAUUUUGAAAGUCUUGCCGAUGAUGGCGCUGGAGCACAACAGGCCAGAUUGCGGGAUCUCAUCCCUAUCCUCCGGGAGUAUUCACCACAACUGCAGGACUUUGGUCGUACACUUGUCGCUCGGUUAACUGAGAAGACACUUUCUCGGGGUCUGAACUGGGCGUCUCAACAACUAGCACCAGCUGCCUAA